AUGAAUCCAUUCACAGAUUCAAAACCAGGUUCAGGCCCCGCCCCCUGCAAUGAUUCCCAUAGUCCAUCUCUCUCCAGUCCACCGGUCCCUCAGGUCAUCCCGACGAAUCACAGCUCUCCUCCCUGUGAUGCCUCAUCAGACCAAGAUGGAGGUCAAGACGUGGUCCGAUCUCCAGUCUCACCGCUUCCAUCCUUCGCAGGCCUCGGGCUGACACCAGACACGCCCCCUCCAGUCUCUGUUCCAAACCCUUACCGUGCCCCCAUCCCCCGCCUCGACUCCUGCCAGGUCUCCAUCAUCAUCCCGUCCCCGGUCCUCCGCCUUUCUCCUCUCCCGCCUCAGUGCCCCGAGGACUCCCCAGACCUGGAGUGCGCCAUCUGCCUCAGCGACUUCAACAACAUCUUCCGCUGUCCCAAGAUGCUUCACUGCAAGCAUACCUUCUGCUUGGAGUGCCUGGCACGCAUUAACAUCAAUUCGUCCGAGCCCAACGCCAUCCAGUGCCCGCUGUGCCGCAGACUCACGUCCCUGCCCAACCUUGGCCUGCCCAGACUGCCCACGGACUCAGACGUCCUGUCGUACCUGCCGAGCGCCAUGCAGAGGGUCUACAGCAUCCGCUUCCUCCGCAAUAAAGGGAAGCUGAAGGUCAAAAGGUCGUCAGAAAGUCACCAGCGGUGGGGUCAAGGGUCGUCAAGGGAUGCAAACCGCACUCUGAAUGUGGGCCUUCCCAUCUCGUCUGUCGAGGGCCACCGCCGGCUGGGUGCGUUAUUUGACGAUAGGAAAACAGGCAGAGACGUGAUGAUUGACAGCUGA